GAGAGAGAGAGAGAGAGAGAGAGAGCAUGGGUUUGGGCAGGGCUGUGGUUACCCAACAUAAGCUUGCCUUUUCCUUCGGUGACUACACCCCGGGAGGAGGAGCGUAGCGCGCGGCGUAGUAGGCGUCAGGAGCCUCAAUUUCCAACUUAGCAUCUUGGCAGGACAUUUUUCCCAGGCAAAAGCCCCCGUCCGACGGGAAAAAAAAACAACUUCUGCACGGGCAUGAGAGCGACGGUGCCACUCAGAUAAGGGAGCACCAGAAGAAAAAAAAAAAGAAAAGAAAGAAAAGACAAAAACCAAAACGAGACAAAAAAAAUCCGACGGGCAGUGGCUGUCUGGCAGCGACCAGAAAUAAUCCAUCCCACAAAAUCAUCAUAGCCGAGUUUUAUUUGGUCACUUUCACUUCUUUCUUUUUUUUUUUCAUUGUCAUUUAGCGACAGACGGCGGGUCUGCACGCGCGCGGCUCUAUGCGCUCCUCCGACAGCGGCGCAUGAGAACAUAAGCGGAGGGGGAAAAGUGCGCAAGUUAAGUGGCUUGUUCUCUCCGGCUCUUCAGCAUGGCGUAUCCUCAGGGCUACUUGUACCAGCCGUCCGCCUCCCUGGCGCUGUACUCGUGCCCCGCGUACAGCGCCGGCGUUCUCUCCGGACCCCGCACCGAGGAGCUCGGGAGAUCCUCCUCGGGAUCCGCGUUUGCGCCCUACGCCGGAUCCACCGCGUUCACCGGCGGCUCGCCGGGCUACAGCUCCCACUUGCCGUACAGCGCGGACGCGGCGGCGGCGGCGGCCACAUUCACCUCGUACGUGGUGAGUAAGCUCAAGAGUUCUCCGUAUGACCACACCACGGGUAUGGCCGGUUCGAUAGGAUACCACCCUUACGCAGCGCCCUUGGGCACCUACCCUUAUGGCGACCCGGCGUACCGUAAGAACGCGACCCGGGACGCCACGGCCACCCUGAAGGCCUGGCUCAGCGAGCACCGCAAGAACCCCUACCCCACCAAGGGCGAGAAGAUCAUGCUGGCCAUCAUCACCAAAAUGACGCUCACCCAGGUGUCCACCUGGUUCGCCAACGCGCGCAGGAGGCUAAAGAAGGAGAACAAGAUGACCUGGACCCCCCGGAACCGGAGCGAGGACGAGGAGGAGGACGAGAAUAUCGACCUGGAGAAAAAUGACGACGACGAGCCGAGCAAGCCCACGGACAGGGGGGAGUCCACAGACACAGAAGCAGAUCAUAAACUGCUCAACCCAGGGGACGUGGGCUGUGACAGAUUUAAAGAGGAGAGCCACGGCAAAGACACGGAUCCCCUCCUGAGCGACUCGGAGUUAAAAGAGCAGGAGGAGCGGACUACAGACUCGCUGCCAGACUCCACCAAGCCCACCACUUCGUCUCCCUCGACGGUGCCCCGGGGGAGCCAGGGCGUUGCGCAACAAGACAAGCCGUCCGAUCUGAGCCACGCACCGGGUGCGGUGACCAGCAACGUGACGUCUGUUAUCCACUCGCCCCCCUCGGCCCCUAAGCCCAAACUCUGGUCCCUCGCGGAGAUCGCCACGUCCUCGGACAGGUGUAAAAGCAGCGGCGAGGCGCCGCAGGCUUGUCCCGGCCUGGGCCAGAGCGCGGUCAUGGGCACCAGCGCGUCCCCGUCGCGGUCCUCCCCCCAGUGCCCGCUCCCCAACAGCACGGUCCUGUCCAGGCCGCUGUACUACACCUCCCCCUUCUACCCAGGCUACACGAACUAUGGUGGCAGCUUCGGACACCUCCACAGUAACCACGGCUCGGUCACCACGGGCUCCACGGCACAUUUCAAUGGAUUAAACCAGACUGUGUUAAAUAGAGCAGAGGCUUUGGUAAGGGAGAGCCAGAAAGUCAGAGGCCAAACGCAGGUAGAUCUUUGUAAAGACUCCCCUUAUGAACUAAAGAAAGGUAUGUCAAACAUUUAAUAUCUGAUUCCUUUUUCCCCCAACUCACUCGGACUUUUAUUUAUUUUUUUGUGGUUGCAUUAAAAAAAAAAGAAGAAGAAGAAAAGAGAAUGCGACGAAGCGAAUUCUAAGAACAGUUAUUUUCUGAGCAAAUGCUUAUUCUGAAAUUCUUAGUUUCUGGACGGUUCAAUCCGAAAGUGUAACGAGAACGGUCUUAAUCGCUGCAGCCGCCUGAGUCUAUUUGUAUUAAAGACUAACAUGUAUAUUUAAUGUAGCAUUUUUGUAUUUAAAAAUGGACAACACACUAUCUUUGAAGUAAAUUAUGGAGAAAAAAAUAUA